AUGCUGUUAGUACGAACGGCUUCGCUGAAUUUGAGCAAGAUCCAAGUGCCAUGUCUGGCUAGAGGAAUAGGCAUCCUCCAGGGCAAAUAUAGACUAAGAAACAUGAUAAAUGCUCAAUCUACGGUGAGACAUGUGUCUAGUGAAAUCCAGCAAAAGGAUCAGCAGGCAGGUGAAUCGAACACUGCUACCGACACCGGUGUCAUUCACAAAUCAGAUGAAGAAACGCUGAUGUACUUUGAUAAUGUUUACGCGAGAGCCACGUCGGUUUGGAAUCCAACUUUAUGGUACAAUCUGUUACUAAGAAACCAAUCACGGGAUGCAGUUAGAGAGAAGAUAAGAAAUUUGGCCAGUCCACCAAAUAACCCCAUCUAUGGGCUAGAAUUGAAGUCCACCAUUCCUGUGAAAAGAGACGGGGGUGUGUUUGCCACAUUUGUUGUUCCACCCAAGUAUACAAAAGCUCAGGUAAAUUCUUUGAUCCAGCAGAAUACGGCCAGAGAAUCUUCUAAAAACUUACUCUCUUACUUCACUCGUGCGUCUGCUUUUCCAGUAAAGGGUUCACCUUGGAUCGAAGAUCUAAGAAGGCUGCCAAGCACCAUCAUAGUGAUCAAAUUUCAGGGACCCGCUUUAACAGAGGAGGAAAUUUAUUCUUUGUUCAGAAGAUACGGAACAAUCAUUGAUAUUUUCCCUCCCACUGCUGCUAGCAACAACGUUGCAAGGGUCAGAUAUCGUUCAUUCCGUGGUGCUAUUUCUGCGAAGAAUUGCGUUUCUGGUAUUGAGAUUCAUAAUACUGUCUUACACAUACAAUACGAAAAUAUCAUAAGGGGCCAUAUAAUCAGUAACUUUUUUACCAACCAUACAAGAAUUGCCAUUCCAGUUUUAUUUGCCCUGCUUUCGAUUUUUGCUGUUUUAGUGUUUGAUCCUAUAAGAGAAUUUUCGAUUGAACAAAAGAUUACUCAUAAGUAUUCUUUGUCAUGGGAUAACAAGUUUUGGAAACAACUGAAAACGCUAACUUCAUCCACCAUGACUUCUAUCAAGUACUAUUGGGGCGGUCCUGAUGACAAUCAUCAAAGAAAGCAUUUGUGGGAGGAAAGAAUAGAAAAAGUAAAUGAUUUAAAAAUGUGGCUUGAGGAAAACAACAACACGUUUGUGGUUAUAAGAGGGCCGAGAGGCUCAGGGAAGCAUGAUCUGGUCAUGCAACACACUUUACAGAACAGAACAAAUGUUCUAUAUCUAGACUGUGAUAAAUUGAUCAAGUCGAGAACAGAUCCUAAGUUCUUAAGAAAUGCCGCUAGUCAAUUGGGUUAUUUCCCAAUUUUCCCAUGGAUUGAUUCUGUUACUGGUGUGCUUGAUUUGACCGUGCAAGGUUUAACAGGGCAGAAAACAGGGCUGUCUGAGACGAAGGAAUCUCAAUUCAGAAACAUGUUGACCACUUCUUUGAUGUCCAUUAGACGUAUCGCUCUUAAGAAUUACAAGGCUUUUGUUUCCACCAGCGACGGAAUGGUAAAUGUCAAAGAAGAAGAUUAUUUACAACAACACCCGGAAGCUAAACCUGUUAUCGUCAUAGAUAGAUUUGAAGGCAAGUCUGAGAUUAAUGGCUUUGUGUACAAGGAAUUAUCAGAUUGGGCAGCCAUGUUAGUUCAGAUGAAUAUUGCACACGUGAUUUUCUUGACUGAAACUGUUGCAUCCAAUCAAAGAUUAAGCGAAUCGUUACCUAAUCAAGUGUUCAAAAAUUUAAUUCUAUCCGAUGCAUCUAAAGAAAAUUCAAGGAAUUAUGUAUUGUCUCAACUGGAAGAUUACUUAUAUUACAACAAGAAGGUCAAGGCCGAAAACGAAAAGCAAGCAGAGGGAGAAGAGGAGACCACUGAAGAUAAAAAUUCUGAUAACGACGUGGAUUCGAGUAUGAAAAAAGCAGAAGUGAUUUUAAAUGAAAAGGAACUGCAAGAAAUUGAUGCCUCUUUGGAGCCAUUGGGCGGUAGGAUGCUAGAUUUGCAAGCAUUCGUAAGAAGAGUGAAGUCAGGAGAAGAGCCUUCGGAAGCAUUGGACAAGAUGAUUGAACAAGCUUCCGAACAAAUAACUCAAAUGUUUUUGAGCGACAAAAUCGACAGUAACAAAAGUGCACAAGCUUGGGAACUGAUCGAAUUAUUGAGUUCCAACCCAGUCAUCCCUUUCCAUGAAAUAGUCAAUAAGCCAUUAUUUAAAGCAGCACCAGAGACGGGAAUCAUGGAAUUAGAAAAUAAUGGAUUAAUUACUGUGUCUAGAGAUAGGGGUGUUUUGCAGGAGAUCAGACCUGCCAAACCGCUGUACAGAGCUGCAUUCACAUACUUAAUUAACGAUCCGGAACUUGCGAAAGUGCUAAAAACGCGUUACUUACUAAAGGUUGUAGGUUUUGAAACCGGACGAAUCAAAAAGUGGGAAGAAGAAUUAAAGCCCUUGGGAAAAGUUCCGGAUCAAAAACUUUUCAAGAGUAGACUGGACUAUUUAUCUGGUAAGAUUAAUGCUAGUAAUGCAGUUAUUACUAAGUGCGAAGAGGAGAUUAAAAAUUUAUCCAAGUGA